AUGACAGAUAAAGGUGGAAUUGGUGCCCAACAGUAUCAAAUACCACCACCAAAAACGCAAGGUGCUGCCACGGGAGGACAGCAACUUUCCGCAACUGCCACGCAGUUUGUGGACAAAAUUGACCCAUUUUCUAAAAGAGGAACAAGUAAACGUCGAAGAAGAUUGGUCAAUAGCAGUAGAUAUCACCCGGAUAGUGAGCCCGAACUUACUCAACUACCACUGAUUAAAGAUGCACCAACAGCGGAACAGUCAGCGCUUGUUGUUCAGAAGCUACAACAGUGUCAGAAAAUAUUUGAUUUUUAUGACCCGGUAGCUCAAAUUAAAAGUAAAGAGAUAAAACGUGCUGCUCUGAAUGAGUUGAUAGAUCAUAUCACAACAGUAAAAGGUGCUAUAACGGAAUUAAUAUAUCCAGAAGUGAUCAAAAUGGUUUCAAAAAAUAUAUUUCGCGUAUUACCGCCGUCGGAUAAUUCGGAAUUUGAUCCCGAGGAAGAUGAGCCAACAUUGGAAGUUUCCUGGCCUCAUUUGCAGGCGUGUCUAGUUUAUGAACUUUUUUUACGAUUUCUUGAAUCGCCGGAUUUUCAAGCUGCAAUCGGGAAAAAAUAUAUCGAUCAACGUUUUGUACUCAAUCUAUUAGAUCUGUUUGAUUCGGAGGAUCCACGAGAAAGGGACUUCUUGAAGACUGUUUUGCAUCGUAUUUAUGGGAAAUUUCUUGGCUUGCGAGCCUUCAUAAGGAAGCAGAUCAACAAUAUGUUCUUGUCUUUUGUUUUCGAAACCGAUUCAUUCAACGGUGUUGGUGAAUUGCUGGAAAUUCUAGGAAGCAUUAUAAAUGGUUUCGCUCUGCCAUUAAAACAGGAACAUAAGGUAUUUCUUGUGAAGGUGCUUCUCCCUCUUCACAAACCACGUUGUUUGAGUCUCUAUCAUGCACAGCUUGCUUACUGCGUUGUGCAGUUCAUUGAAAAGGAUUCAACACUGACACCACAGGUUUUUGACGCUCUGCUCAAGUUUUGGCCUAGGACAUGUAGCGCAAAGGAGGUGAUGUUCUUGGGUGAAGUCGAAGAAAUUCUCGAUAUUAUUGAACCGGAACAGUUUAAAAAAAUUAUUGAACCGUUAUUCAAACAACUUUCAAAAUGUGUUUCUAGCCCUCAUUUUCAAGUAGCGGAAAGAGCACUAUAUUUUUGGAAUAACGAGUACAUUCUGUCUCUCAUUGAGGAAAACAGCAGUCAGGUAAUGCCGGUAAUGUUCCCUGCAUUAUAUCGGAUAAGCAAGGAACACUGGAACCAAACAAUUGUGGCGCUUGUUUAUAAUGUUCUUAAAACAUUUAUGGAAAUGAACGGAAAACUUUUUGACGAUUUGACUGCAAAUUAUAAACUCGAAAGGCAGAAAGAGAAGAGAAAAGAAAAGGAACGUGAAGAUUUAUGGAAGCGUUUAGCAGCAGUUGAGCUUAAUCCUCCUAAGGAUAGAGAUCCACAUAUACUGAGCAAGACACCGCUAACAAAUUUCACAACUAAACGGGAAUUAUCUUCUGGAUGUGGACUGAUUGUCCCAACAAACUUUGUUGGAGACAAGUCGCCAAAUUUUAGUAAAAGAAUUCCAGGUCAAGUACUGGAACGAACAGCACCUCCGCCAAAAAGUGAUAAUCGCCUUAUGUGA